GUUCUCAUGGCUGCUACUGUUUGGAAUUCGGCUGGCUGGCUUUCUGUCUUGCUUUCUAAGGGCAGCCUCUCCGCUCCACAGGCCUGGUGGAACAUCUCCUGGUGAAUUUGUGAAUUAAAGCGGCGGAGAGCAAGAGCAAGCAGCCAGCGAGCUCCCAGCAAGAGCAAUGUGAAGGAAACAGGGCGGGGAGGGGGCUAGGGAGCCGCCAAAAGUCUGAGAACAGGUGAACAGCGGUGGAGCAGAGGGUAGAGGAGAGCUCAGCUCGCCUUGGCUGCUGCAGCGCCGGCCCUCCAGGACGCAAGCGGAAGACCAGCGAGAGCCUUUCGGCUCGGCGGGGGCAGAUCCCGCCUGGCACAACGGCCGCGCCAUGGCUACGAAUUUCAACGACAUCGUCAAACAGGGCUACGUGAAAAUGAAGAGCAGGAAACUGGGGAUUUAUCGCCGUUGCUGGCUGGUCUUCCGGAAAUCUUCCAGCAAAGGUCCACAGAGGCUGGAGAAGUACCCAGACGAGAAGUCCGUGUGCUUGCGUGGGUGUCCAAAGGUCACAGAAAUUAGCAACGUGAAGUGCAUCACGCGGCUGCCCAAAGAGACCAAGCGCCAGGCCGUGGCGAUCGUCUUCACGGACGACUCGGCUCGGACCUUCACCUGUGACUCAGAACUGGAGGCCGAGGAGUGGUACAAAACGCUGUCCGUCGAGUGCCUGGGGGCGCAGCUCAAUGACAUCAGCCUCGGCGAGCCGGACCUGCUUGCGCCCGGGGUCCAGUGCGAGCAAACAGAUCGGUUCAACGUCUUCCUCCUGCCGUGCCCCAACCUGGACAUCUACGGUGAAUGCAAGCUGCAGAUCACGCACGAAAACAUUUACCUGUGGGACAUGCACAACCCCCGUGUGAAGCUCGUCUCCUGGCCCUUGUGCUCACUGCGCCGCUACGGGCGAGACGCCACGCGCUUCACCUUCGAGGCUGGCCGCAGGAUGUGUGACGCAGGGGAAGGGCUGUACACCUUCCAGACCCAGGAGGGCGAGCAGAUCUACCAGCGCGUCCACAGUGCCACCUUGGCCAUCGCCGAGCAGCACAAGCGCGUGCUGCUGGAGAUGGAGAAGAACGUGCGGCUGCUGAACAAGGGCACGGAGCACUACUCUUACCCCUGCACUCCCACCACGAUGCUUCCGCGCAGCGCCUACUGGCACCACAUCACCGGAUCCCAGAACAUCGCCGAGCCUUCCAGCUACAGCGGCGACACGUACCCAGGGCCCCAGGCCAGCUCAGAGACAGACCUCCUCAACCGUUUCAUCUUGCUGAAGCCCAACGCCCCGCAAACCAGAAGUGGCGAGGGCAAAGAUGCAGGCAGCACUUCGCAGUGACGCAUGCAUGCGGCCGACCCCGUUCCCGAGGAUCUGUGGAUCCGAUCCCUGCUGCUUUCCUGCCACCAGGUCUCUGCGGUUCGGGGACCACCUUUUGCCGUGGGGAAAAGAGCAGAACGUGCACAGAGCUGGCUCCAAGGA